CGAAAAAGAAAACAAGAAGCAGCCACCAGAAGAUCCCAUGCCACACCGAAAUGACAAAGCAGGCUUCUGGAAGUCCGCAUAUCGCCAAGCAUGUCUAGAGUUGCUGCAUCAGCCGUGUCACGUGUCAUGUCGUUUUCACGUGCGCCUGUUCUUGGCCUUUUUUUUUUUUUUUUUUGGAUGGCGGGAUUUGGACAGUUUAUUCUGCAUGUCGUAGAUGAGCAGUUUGUAGACCUCCGCACGUGAAACCGAGAAUUCGCAACAACGUAUUAAACGAACUUGUGUCAUGCCGGAGGAAGUAAAAUGGAAACAAAUUUGCGAGAAAUAGAAACAGAUUGCAUGUUAGAACUAUUUCUGGUGCCAUGGUCCGCGCUGAAAAUCGCAGACAUCAGACCGAAACAUUAUGAGACAGCAGGCAAAGUAGCAAACCUUCUGUUGAAGACAAAACGCUACGACGCUUUGGAGAACUUUGUGUCGUCCUUACCGGAAGAUGUCCAGAACGCCUUUCUUGAGGACGAGACUUUUCGCCGAGUGAUGAUCCACCUGCGACACCGACAAGAACGUUAUGAAGACGUGUGUGACCUCAUAAGGUCUGGCAGAUUCUCACAAGGAAAAGACUUGGUAGACAUAUGGGAUGAAGCUCAUUACUUCAUUUGGAAGAAGCAACAUGCUGACAAACCACUAACAUCAGUUCUGAGAUUUCGCAUCAGGAAAAGAAACCCACCACCAAUCAGCAUUUGCCCAGAUGGACGACGUCCUUCCAGAUCUCUAGACCAGAAAGUCAGGUCACUUCUCUCAACAUGGUUUCAGGACCAUGUGUUGGCACCAUAUCCAUCUCUCAGAGUGCGGGGGGAGAUAGCGCAGAAGACUGGGUUGACAGAUUUACAGAUUCGAAACUGGUUUUCGAAUGCUCGGCGCCGAACAAAGCAAAAGAAGGGACAACAGCAGGUACCAAGAAGCACGAUAGGUGGGCUACAAUGUCCAUAUGAUGAAAACACAAAAGAUCCAACGUCUGAUGGAGAAGCAAAUUCUAGAAAUCCAGCACAAGCAUCAGGAUAUGAGGGACUUGGACAAAUCUCCCAGCAACUGAUUGAAGCAGACAGCGCGGCAGUUCAUCCACUUGUUGACAAAGCCUCUUUGAGUGAUCCAGUCCCAACCAUGACAUCUUCCAUCAGUGAUAUAUGGCAGCCUGCAAAAACUGCUUCCCGACCGUCUGGCCUGCAAGGACUGCUCUUAAUGCACCAGCCGUUUGUUCAAGCAGAAAGCUCAGGAGAGCAUUCAUUCACCACCAGAGAUUUUCCCAAUGAUCAUCUUAUUAUGUCUAAUAGAGACAAUGUUGCCCACACUACUGCAGUCACCAGAAAUGAUGCACAGCCAUUCUUUGAGACUGUCACAUUAUGGUCUGCCCCUUGUGGCACUGCAAGACCUUUUAAGAACGCAAUGCUUCCAUCCUCCUUCAGUCUGCCUUGUCCACAUGACCUUCAGAUGCCUCAUCAUUUCAUUCCAUGGCAGCAAAGCACAGUUUGGGGAAACUGGGGACAUGUCCCCAUCUCCAAUGCAGCAAACUAUUUAAGGAAUGACCCUAAUUGUCAAACAAUGGUCUCACAGGAAGCAGAAAGGCAGAUGAUGUCCAUCACCUCCUCAAUGCCAGAAGCAUCGCGGUUCUCAUGUCAUUUUACUGGAAUGCCUCAGUCUUCACACAUUAUUCUUCCAAAUCCUUUAAUUUGUGUUGAGCCACAACCAUCAAAGCCACUAAUCCAGCCUUUAGAAUCAGAAGUGGGGAGAGAGCCCAAAAGUCAGGAGAUGCCAGAACCAACAAAGCCAUGCUUUGGGUCACCCCACUCAACAGCUGUUUCAUCUGCAACUGUGAAUAUCACCAGCCCUCCUAUUUCAAGCCCAGAACCUUUGUUUAGUCCACUAUUGCAAGCAAGCACAGAUUCUUCUCAAGAACAGCCAUACUUUGAUGGUAGAUCUUCACAGCAGUUACAACAAAAGGCUGUCUUUGAUAUGGCAGAGAGCGCAGGCGACAUAGAAUCACCGUACAUUGGUCGGGAUAACACCUUCCUGCCUUUACCAGAACUACAGGCUUCGUGGACGGUUCUGCCUUUGGUUUCUACAUUCAGCAAAGGCAAGCUUAGUACUUCUGGCUUGGAAGUCAUUGCAUCAGAUCAUAUGGGGACUUUACCAGCCAUUCAGUUACAGGAAACCAGCUUGAAAAGAAAAGAAGCUGAAGAAAUGGCAGCUCACAUUCUUCUGAACAUGGCAGUAACUAACAACUGUUAGUUAUAGCUGCAAACUAUAAUGACAUGAAAUGAGUUGCAACGAAUGAAUUUGUUUGGAAAAGAAACACUUUGAUGUGAAGAUUUUUUUUUACAAAGCUUUAUUGUUAAAAUUUUUAGAAUGAAAAAUUAUUUAAGUGCAUUUUUCCCCAAACACAAAAAUGUUUUCUGCAUAGUUUGUAAAUUCGUUUUCCUUAUUGAAGAUUUAAUCUUGUUGUUGUGCUUAGAGAAAGUAUGCCAUUUUGAAGCAUAUUUUUAGUUUCUUUAAGACAUUUUUAGGAGCUGUCUGUUUAUUCCCAGGAGUGGAUCAAAAGUACCUUUUCAUUAUUUGGGUUACAUGAGUUAUUGUCCAAGAACAUUUUCUCAACAACAUAAGAAAUGUUUUGUCAAAUAAUUCUUCUGUUUGAUAAUUUUGCAGUGGAGAAUGUACAACCCAUCAUUUUGGGUUUGUGUUGCAGCAAAGAUAGGCUCAACAGAUCAAUAAAUUUGUAUGUAUUUUUUAAAGUCAUUUACUUGAUACAUUAAUGAAGGCAAAGUGCACAGAAAUGUAUAUUUCUUCUUUUUUUUUUUAAGUGGAUUGCUGUAUGCAAUCACUAUUUUGUUAAAA